GUUGAGGGCACAGCGCAGAGCGCUUCCGAGCGUGAGCUCCGAAAGGCCCGCCUUCAAGACCUCUGUGCCCAGCGAACGCUGCGUCUGAGGGAGGCGCAAGCCAAGGAGGAGGCCAAGCAGGCGGUGGAGGAAGCUGAGCGCAUCUCCACCACGGAACGGUGGUCGGGGCUUCGCAUUGUGGACCGCUUGGUUCGUCAGGAGAAGUGGGAUGCCUCGAUGAAGGGCAAGGAAAUUGUGCAACUGCGGCACUUGGCCAAGCUGCUGUCCCGAGAUAAGGACAAGGUGGUCAUUGUGGUCCUCGCCGCCGCCCCGCGCAAGCUCAUUACCAACGCCAAGGGCGAGCAAGUCAUGGAAUGGACCGUCACAGAUCUAGACAAAGAGGCCGCUUCUGAGGCCGGCUUGAUCUUCCUUGGACGCGCGCAGCAACAUUGGCUUGAGGACACCCAGGCGAAACCUGGCCAUAUCUUGGCCGUUCUCAACCCUCAGCUCUCGUGUAGGACUGGUGCCAUCAUGGUAACCUUUGAGACGCAGGUUAUUCUUCUGGGCACAUGCCCUGCCUUUCGCACCUGCUCAGCUCUCAACGCCUCGGGCGGCUGCUGCCUGAAGCCCUGCAAUGCCGAGGGGAGCGGAUUCUGCGGGCAGCACAGCAAAGCUUUACAAGGCGUCCGCCAGGCAACACCGUGCCGGAAGCGGAAGAGGUGA